AUGUUUCCUUCACCCAAUUCAACUCCAGGGGAGUUUCCAACUUACACACUUAACCACGAAGCUCCAAUCGGCCAGCUAUCAGCAGAGAAAAAUGAUAUCAACGAGGAACCAGAUACAAAAAGAAUUCGUCUUUCGACACCUGGUCUGCCUCAUCUACUGCAAGAACCAAUGACUACAGUGUUCGGUGGACCAGUAGCUACUCCUUUAUCCACCGCUUCUCAAAAACAACUUGAAAGAAUGGAGAAACAGAAGCAACGCGAGCUUGAAAGACUAGAAAGAGAAAUACGCAAGGAGCAAGAACGACAAGCCAAGAGGGAAGAGAGAGAACGUAAGGAGUUGGAAAAGAAGUUGAGAAGAGAACAAAUAGAGAAGGAAAAGGAGCAAAAACGUGAAGAAGAGCGUUUGAGACGUGAAGAGAAGAGAAAGAAGGUUGAAGAGGAAAGAAAACGGAAGGAUGAAGAACGCCGCAAAAAGGAGUUGGAAAGGAAAGCCAAGGAGGAAGAAAGGAAACGGAAGGAGGAGCAGAAGGAGCGCAGUCAAAUGAAGAUCUCCAGUUUCUUUUCUAUCAAGCAGCAGGUUCCUACCAAACCAAAGACCGAACAUCAAAAUGCCGAGACUUCGAAACAAGAUAUCCCUUGUCAAGUUACAUCCCAGUACGAAAAGGAUUUCCUACCUUUUUUCAUAAAAAAGAAUGUGGUGAUGGCUCCAAGUCCUCAGCUCUUACAAGAUGAGCUUCUGCGGUCGAUACUGGAGUUCGAUAAGGGCCUCAGUAUGGAGAUUAAAAUGGAUUUGAGUCUGAUUUCGCUGCUGAAAAAGGCUACGGAAUUUACAUACACCAAUUCAGAACAGCUCGUUCAAGCACUCAAUUCUCCUCUGGCUACAGAAAAGGAUAUUCAGGAAUUGGUGAGUCAUUUACCUCCAAUAAAGUAUUUGCAGUUUUAUGAGAACUCCAAACCCCCUUACAUUGGCACAUGGUGUUCUGUUAAGCAUUUGAAAACCAUUAUUGAACCUACUGAUGUCCUAGAUACGACUAAAACUGGAUUUGAUUAUGAUUAUGAUUCCGAUUUGGACUGGGAUGGCGAUGAUGAGGAUGGUGAAGAUAUUGAUGAGUUGGAAGAUGGAGAAGAUGAUGAUGACGAAAUAAAUGAAGAAGAUGACAUGGACGAUUUUGUUGAAGAAAAUGGGGACACGAGCAAAAAACGCAUCCCAGUAAACACUGUUCAAUCUACUACGUACUGGAAUGAUGGUUCCAGCACCACUUUUGCGUUCUUUGACGCUCUCAAAUAUGAGCGACUAGAUGCGAAUAUACCUUUCCCAAUUAAUCCAUUCAAAGAUUAUUGGGGUAGUAACAAGAGUAUACUGGCUCCGCCGAAACAAAACAGUCUACCACUCACGUUAAAACAGCUUGGGACCCCACAGAAGACGGAUACCACUUCCUCUACUACUCCAAAUAUCCUCACACCUCAAAAGCCGACAAUCAAGGAGCCAGAAAUUAUCAAAAAGCUCGUUGCGUUUAUCAAAGAGAAUAAUGAUUUCUCCAUCGGUACGCUCUCGGAAUUGGCUAAGAAGGAAUUUAAGACAUACACCAAAAGUAUACUAAAACACACCAUCCAAGAGGUGGCCGUAUACAACAAAAAGAAAGGUCUUUGGGAAAUCAAGGAGGAACAGAAACUGGAUUAG